AGUGUAGAAAUGUUUUCAUUAUAUAAAAAUAUCUAUGAAAGUUUCAACGUAGUGAGCGCAUGCUGUAUACAGUCGACUUGAAUUUACUUGUAAACACGUGGUCAGAUGGAUUUUUAGUUACUCCAAAAUGAAAGAAUUAACACUGACAUCUGAUCGUGAUACAUUAGAUAGAGGGAAUAUUAAAGUAUUUGGGAUAGACAAUUUAGUGACUUAGUGUCUCUUUAUAAUUAUAACAGUACUGAUAAAUGUAUUUAGUCUGUGAAAAAAUAUUAUAAGUUUUUAAAAAUGAACGAAGAUAUUUUACCUGAGGUAAUUAUAGUGCAAAACAGAUCUUCAUCCCAUGUAUUAAAAAAAUACUUCGGAUGGAUUCGUUACAUAUCUGUAGAGCCGACAAUGUGGCUCUAUAUCAUGGCUUACAUGAUAACGUCAGUUGUCGAGCAAGCACUUUUUGUAUACAAAUCAUGCAGAGUUAAUCACGGGUUUUCUGAAGAAGUUUGCCAGAAUAUUAAACAAAAUGACACAGUUAAAAAUAUUGUUCAGGUGACGGUAUCAGACUUUCAUCAAUGGAACAACAUCGCCGGUCAUGUUGUGCCAAUAAUUUUGUCUCUGUUCUUUGGCAACUGGAGUGACCGACGCGGUAGAAAGUUGCCGUUAAUAAUAGGCCUUCUGGGUAAAAUUAUUUACUCCGGAAUGAUUGUUGUAAACACAUUGAUGCCCAACUGGGAUUUAUUUAUGAUCAUCUAUACAGCAAGUAUACCCAUGGGUAUGCUGGGUGGAGACGUUGCAAUUUUCGGUAGCUGUUUCGCUUACAUAUCAGAUGUUUCUUCUUUAAAACAACGGACACUUCGAGUUACUAUUCUUGAUAUCGCUUAUUUAAGUGCUAUGCCAACAGGUAUUGCACUUGGGUCUUAUCUAUUUACCAGCGUAUUUAAUCAUUCAUACACAAUAAUGUUUACUAUAAACACAACUCUACUUGUAAUAUCUGUUAUUUACUCGCUUAUUGUAUUAAAGUGGCAAACAAACCCACGACAAAUGUCUUUAGGUGGUGUCAAUGUUUUCACAGACUUUUUUGACAAAGAGCACGUUAUUGCGAGCAUUAAAACUCUCACUAAGCCACGUAAGAACAAUGCGAGACUUCAUUUGUGGAUAUUAUUUAUUGCAAUGGCUUUCUAUACUUUUCAAAGAGAUGAAAAACCCAUGAGCUAUUUGUACACCCAGAGAAUUUUUCAAUGGGACGUUGCGACUUUCAGUAAAUUUAGGACAUUUCAGUCAUCAUUCUUUGUCGCUGCGAUGUUAAUUGGCGGACCAACACUGAGUAAAUUAUUGGGAUUGAAAGAUACUAUUAUUAUUAUGAUUGGCGCGUUAUCUCAUGCCGCUGGUAGAAUUUUUUUUGCCUCUGCUACUGUACCAAAUAUAUUUUACGCUGGGGCAGCAGUCGCGGCAAUUGGACCAGUAGUCGCACCAGUUUUAAGAUCAAUGACUUCCAAGGUCGUACCAAUUAAUGAACGAGGUAAAGUUUUUGCGAUGUUAUCAGUAUGUGAUAAUGCAGUGCCUUUUUUUAGCGGGGUAUUAUAUUCUCAACUUUAUAAUGCAACAUAUCAUACAGUACCAAGUGCUAUUUAUUGGCUCACUUUUGCCACACAAAUUGCAGUACUGCUUCUCAUUCUCGUCAUACAUUUAUCAUCAGGAGCUAAUCAACAAGAAGAAGAUAAUUAUGAUCCUAGCGAAGUUUCGACUUUAGACGUAAAUACAAUUCCCCAUAGUCGAGAACGUAUAAAUUCGUGAAAAAAGUA